GAUAGACCGACAGAAUGUAAUUUUACUAGGUUAGGUGCGAAUAUUACUGUGGCGACUGAAGUGAUUAAUUUGAAGCCUUAAAUUGCGUCUCUCUGCGAAACGAACGAGAUGGGUUUACUUACAGAUCCCAGAGCUGGAACUGGCAAAAUUAUAAAAUUGUUAUUAAAAUGGGAGAAACCGCUGUGCUUCGUGCUGUAUGCAGGAGGAGUUGUAUGGCUGAUGCUCUUGGCGUUACCGGCGUUUAACGACAACACCUAUUUCUCCGAGAAUGCCUUGCUACCUGGGCUGGUCACGAAGGAGAGUAACCUGGAACAAACGUCGAAGCAGUACUACCAUGAACUGAUGCACGAGAUGAAAAGAUAUCCGGAUGGCAUGCCUUACGCGUGGCUCUCGGCAAAAUUCAGUCAGCUUCAUCUAGAUGUGCACGUGCAUAAUUUCUCCCUGAUUUAUCCGUUUCAGGAACAGAAGUUUGCAGGACAAAAUAUUUACGGCAUUGUCAGAGCCCCGCGAGCGUCCAGUACCGAAGCCAUUGUAGUCGUUGUACCAUAUAGACCUAUUAACAGCAUUUAUUUAGACACCGCGCCUUCAAUAGCUCUGCUACUUGCCUUUGCAAAAUUCUGUAGAAAGCAAAAGUAUUGGGCAAAGGAUAUAAUAUUUCUCGUGACGGAGCAUGAACAGUUGGGCAUGCAAGCGUGGCUGGAUGCGUAUCAUGGUGUCACCAGUGGCCAGGAAGGAAUCCUGAUAGCGGGAGAUUUAUCGGGAAGAGCCGGAUCUAUUCAAGCUGCUAUCAAUCUUGAAUUUCACGCGAUGAAAAUUACAUCAAUUGACGUCAAGAUAGAAGGGCUAAAUGGGCAGCUGCCCAAUCUAGAUCUUUUUAAUUUGGCGCAAAACAUGAUAGCCAAAGAAGGAAUCCGGCAGUCUUUCCAACGACGAUUCGACGUCAAUUACAGGGACAAAUUAAAAAGCUGGUGGUAUCAUUUUAAUACGUUGACGAGCAUGGUAGCGACGCAGGCCACUGGGAUACCAACUGGUAACCAUGGACUCUUUCACAGGUUUGGCAUCGAGGCUAUUACAUUGGAAGGCUUCAAAAAGUCCGGAAAAGAGACGGAAGCAAAUUUUUACCAAGUAGGACGCAUAGUGGAGAGUAUAGUGAGGUCACUUAACAAUUUAUUAGAGCGUUUCCAUCAGUCGUAUUUUUUCUAUUUAUUGCCUUCCACAGAUCGCUAUAUUUCUAUUGGAUUAUACAUGCGGCCUUUGGUACUAAUAAUUGCUAGUGUAUUUAUAAAGGCAUUCUCUAUUUGGCAAAGACUACAAGCCUUGAACAAUUCGAAUGAGACAAAAAAGGAUAAGCAAGAUUUAUCGAAUCAGGUCGAAGAAUUUGACAUUGGAAGUAUUACUUCUGAAGUGUUGUGGGCGCAUAUUUUCGGAAUAUUAGUAAUGGCCUCCCCUCGAUUUUUCACCUUAAUCGGAUCGCAGAUGUUCAAUUUACGUACAGAAGACUCAUUGUACAUCAGUUUCGCCUUGAUCACGAUUCUCACGUUGCUAUGGCGCUUUUAUUUGAGGAGAUCGGUCAAAUACGAAAAUAUAUCACUCGUGUGUGUCAUCGCGCUGAUCGAGCUGGCCACCGCGCUAAUGUGCGUAGCCAUGCACAAUUUUUCAUUGGCCUUAGUAACGGCCGUCGUGUACGUGCCAGUUAUAUUGUUGAUAACGCCGCACGACGAAUCCGCGUCCAGAAUCCGGUGUAGCCAGUAUAUCGCGUGGAUCAUGCUGCACCCGUUCGUUUCGUCGGCGAUCGUCGUGAUGGGCUACACGUAUCUCAACUUCCCCACCGACCCUGUCCCGUCGCUGCUUCUCAGGGGCUAUCGCGCCAACAAGCAGGCGCUCGUAUUCAGCAUCGUCGACUCUAUGAUAUAUGGCAAUUGGUUCUACAACAUCGCCACCGCCGUCAUGCUACCGAUAUGGCUGUUGUUUUGGAAUGUUAUGCGCUCCAGCAUUACGAUCCCCUCGCGAUAAGAUGAUUAUGUAACUCACGAUCGAACUUUCUUCGGCCCGGGAGCAACUCGAUAUAUUCAGUGUUGAUUUGUCUCGCGUCUGUGUAAAAAGCCGUCGGUGCGACUUGUCGAUUAACGUCCGGGAAAGUUACUUGCUCCUCGGCAAAUAAAGUAGGAGACGCGCAUUUUUGAAAGGAGUCUUCGGAAGUAUUUAUUUAUACUUAUUUUCUCACGAGGUUCGUCAAUAAUACGUCAGCCAGUAGAUAUAGCGUAUCGCUCGAUGAUAACCCUUGCGACAUUCUUAUUGCGGAUCGCUCAGCUAGUUUAGUGCGUGCGGUGAGCGCGGUAACAUUGGACCAGUGCGUGCGCUGUACUCUCACUACGUGAAGCAUCGAUGCGCCGAACGGGAGCGGAAAGCAUAACAGUACGUAUAUUUUUUUCCCCCUGCAAAUAUUGUGCGACGCUAACACGCAUACAACGACCCUACGUAUUAUUCAAUUGUGAACGAUUCUGACGGGAUGUUGUUCACCACAUGUUAUUUCACGUAAUCGUUCCUAGCGCUCAAGUGUCGCAACAAGCGCCGUCAUACGCAAUCGCGACCUCCUUGAGCUCCGCGUGUUUAUGCCUAUUCGAUGAAAGUCGUAUUUAAGCGUUCUUUCACAGCUCAGUUUCACUCCACACGAUUCCUGUUCGUUUAAAUUCAUGUGUACGAACAUUGCAAUAUGUAACAUACGUAAAUCUAUGUUAUUUGUUAUAUAUGGUAAGUGUUACACGUUACAUUCCUAAUAUCUUUUUCGUUUUACUACCUAAUGCAUUUUUAAACAUGCAAAUGCCUAAUACUAAAAAUAUAUCUAUUAACAAUACCGUAAAUGAGUUUUCUUUUUAGUGCAAAUUUUAAGUGAGGUACUUGCUUCCUGCUUAUUAUUUUUUUCUUAAAUUGUUGCCGACUAUCAAAUUGUAAAAGCAAUUUGUAAUAGUAAAGUUAACUUACAAUUAAUAGGAAAAUUAACAUAUUUUGAUUCUUAAUUCAUUAAAAAUCUGUCUCUUAAAGGAGGGGGGGGAGGGAGGGUUCUGAUAUAUAGUAGAUCUUUCACUUGUCUGAUAUAAAUUAUUUGAAAUUUCUGUAAUUGGGUUCUACCUUCUAUAAUCAUAAAUUAUAGUAUCUUGAAUGCAAAUAAAUCGAAGAUAAACGCGAUAAGACACGGUAUAUUUUAUCGAGAUUACCGGUUUGAAUGCAUCGUACAUUGUGACUUUAUCACAAUACAAAUGUGUUUUGAAUGAGAUAAAGACACAGGAAGUGCAACGUACCGAAAAUCAUAAACAACUUUUGUAAAAUUCGCAAACAAAUUUACAUAAUGUAUGUACGUACAUACAUGAAUAUUCCAUGAGAUCAGCAAUUUAGAAAUAGCCUACUUUAGAUGGUUUAUACGUACAUAUUAUAUAUCGUAUUUUAAAUCGCGCUUUUAUACAUAUGUAUAUAAAAUUAUAAAUAUAAUACUGGCUAUAAAUAUGUAUAAUAAUUGGCUGAAACCUUUUGAAAAUAAAUAGUUUAUGACGGUAUGUAUAUUAUGGAACUUUUCGGAAUAGAUUCGGAAUUGUUCAAGCACAAUAUUUUUACAUUUUUAUUGUAUUUCUUAGAAAAAUCGAAAUAAUAUCGACCGAAAUUGAUUCCGAACAGUUCUGUAAUACGUGCCCUGGUUUAUGUGAUAUGUUGAUAAAGAGACACAAUGGACGCGACCCAGAUAGCAAUGCGUGUCUAAAAGACGUCAAAAAGAUAUCUUUAAGACACUUUUUAGACGUACAUGUCUAAAAGACAACUUAAUGCCAUCUUAAAGAUGUCUUUUAGACAUGCAUGCUAUCUGGGGACUCUUUCCAACAAACCGUUUAGAAACUACAAGCAUUAAAAAGUCAAGAUAAGACCAUGGGUUAUUGCAGUAAUAUUAUGGGAAGCCCAGAAGCAUGUAUGUCUAAAAGACAUUUAAGACGGCAUUAAAUUGUCUUUUAGAUAUGCAUUGCUAUCUGGGAGAUGGAUCAAGAUGGAUUACAAUGUAUUAUUGAGUAGAACAACACAGUUAAUCCUUUUAUUGGUACAGAGAUGUAUUUAAGUAGAAAAAAAAUAUGUACAUACACAUAUGGCGUUCCAACUGAUAAGAUUAGUAAAUAAACUUUUUAAACUAUCAAUAUAUGCAUUAUAUCGCCAGUGAAUAAUAAACCAGGAUGGAGAAUUGAUUUGACCUAACUGGCCACUUUAUUAAAAUUCAGAACACGACGUUUCGGCCCUGGAUUUUGGCCCUCUUCUAGUGCAUAGAGUAAUCUAAAAUCGUAAAUCCAAUUAAGUUACAGUACAGUUCACAAAUCAUAAAGGACCAUAGACAGAUUAACAAAGUGAAAGUUCGUACCUAAUUGUAAGUCAUAAUAUUAAAAAAAUUUUCAUAUGUGUGUAAUCGCAUUGUUUCAGAACGGUGUCGUCAUAAACUUUUUAAACUCAAAUUGUAUACAUAUGUAUUAUAUUAGUACAUUACUAACUUUAAUACUCUUUAUACUGAUACUUGUACUAUGCCCAUAUUCCAUUGACAUUUCUAAUGAUGAUUGAUCAAAGAGAUUCCACGUUCGAGCAUUUGAUUAAAUAAUGUCAUAAACUAAAAUAAAUCUGAAGUCUCACUUGUUAUUCCAACAGAAUACGAUUUGCUACUGCUAUUGUGCUGAGUAACAUUGCAUACGCAGUACACACGCAUAUAUGUACAUACGCAUACGAGGUGGUUGUCGAAAAAUUGUAGUUUAUUGAUUUUUCCAAGAAACUUAUUAAAUUCCAUUUUUUUCACUUUUCAUUUUUUCUAUUGUCCUCCUAUAGUAAAAUUUGUUUAAACAAUGCAGAAAAGUACAUUUUUUUUAGUGGAAUAAUAACCAGAUAAACCCUAAAAAUUGAUCAUAACAGCAUAAAUAAGUAUUUACAAAAGCUCUACCGUCAAUCAACAGUCGAAAAAACACUUUUUAUACAUUUGAAACUGAUAUCUCACAACUGAAUAUCUCAAAACAUAUAUAAUAAAAAUAUUUGAGCCUUUUU